UAAAAUCUUUCCGGUAGUUCUUUUCGGUAUUACGCACGUUUUUAUCGCCACUGAGGGCGCCAUGUUUGUUUUUUCUGAGUUUCAAGUUUUUGAGUCGAAAUUCUCUUGUAUAGCCGCUCAUGGUUAAUUUACCCGAUGGCACGAUAUACAUUAAAGAGCUUGAACAGUCAGUGUCUUCGUCUUGUCAAUUGGGUUCGCUAGCUGCAAAGUACAUCUUAGGGCAGCAUAGUAAAUUAACCGUGGCUUACGAGUGGAUAUAAGUAGUGAGUUCCAAUGUCAACAAAAAGGCUUCGUAAAUUAACAGAAAAGGCCAUGUCAUCUUACGAAGAAAAGGUACACAAGUUUGAACAUAACUUUAAAACUUUGGUGCAGACAUUGCUUGAAUUAUCAAAGCAAGAUGUAACAUUGUCUACAUUACACAGUUUAGAUAAAGAAUUUACAUCUGAAGUUGAAGAUUUCGAAACAUUAUAUCAUGAGUUCUGUAAAUACCUACAAUUAAAACAUACAGAAGAGAGUUUGAAUCUAUGUAAGUUAAUUGAAGAGCAACAUGAAAUAACUAUUCAGACAGUUACAGCUUUUAGGGACAAACUAACUAGUCUGAAACACCAGCAACCUGAACUUGAACAAUCUGAGUUGUUUUCGCCGUGUCGUUCUAGAAGCAGUCGAUCAAGUAGACAUUCAUCAGCGACCAGUAGAUUACUUACUGAAAAAUAUGCGGAAGCUAAGGCAGCUAUUGCCAGAGCAGAGUAUGCUGAAAAGGAAGCAACAUUGAAGAAGGAACGAGCUGACCUUGAAGAAAAGGAAAAGAUUCUGAACGCUGCAAAAGCUAAGAGAAUAUCAGAGAUAGCAACCGAGCUAGAUGUGUUAUCUCACAAAAAGAUCGCGGCUGCAGCAAUAGCUGAAGUGGAAGCUAUUGAGAAUAUGAGUGAAGGAGGUAGUGGUAAAAGUGUGUUACAACAGUUACCAAAGCAAAUGUUUGAAGAAAAGGUUGUAAACUUUGUAAGUUCUAUGAAUCAAGUUAAGAAAGAAGAUGCCCGAGAAAGCAUAGGGCCUUCACAUACAGAUAAAACUUCUCAUGAAAUUCCAUUGGCAACCUACUUGCUAAGAAAAGAUAUUCUUAUGAACAGACUUACAUAUUUUGAUGACAGUUCAGAACAAUAUAAUUCUUGGAAGAGUACAUUCAAACAAGUUACUAGUGAGAUAAAUGCCAAACCGGCUGAAGAAAUUGAUCUUCUAAUCAAAUGGUUGGGAAGGGAAUCAAGAAAACACGCACAAAACUUGAAGUCGGCUUACAUCAGAGAUCCUAUAGCUGGAUUACAGCAGAUUUGGCACAGACUAGAUGAUAGAUAUGGGUCGCCAGAAGCAGUUCAUAAGGCAGUUACAAGAAGGUUGGAUACAUUUCCAAAGUUAACAAUGCAUGAUACUACAAAAUGGUAUGAUUUAGCAGACUUGCUAAUGGAAAUUGCAGGCCUGAAGGAUGAUUCCGUAUAUUCAAGCACACUUGCAUACUUCGAUUCUUCAGUUGGAAUGUCUCGUGUAUUAUGUAAACUGCCUCAAAACAUACAAGAGCGAUGGGCAGUGUUUGUAAAUACAUACAAAAAGAGGAAAGGAGUCGUAUUUCCACCAUUUCUUGUGUUUGUUGAAUUCAUUAGUGAUCAGGCGAAAAUUCGUAACGAUCCUAGUCUACAACUUACAGUGCAGGUUCAACAUAAUCGCGGAGAAAAUAUGAAAACACCGGGAACCUAAUUCGCGAAGAAAACAGAUGCCGAAUUAUCACAGAAGAAAAAUGUUACUCCUAGUGUUCUGUGUCUCAUUCAUAAAUCUAGCAAGCAUUCAUUAAGUGAUUGCUAUGUGUUUAAGAAAAAAUCACAUGAAGAGAAAAGAAAAUAUCUGAAAGAAAACAAAUUGUGUUUUAGGUGUUGUCAAUCAAAUCAUGAAGCAAAAUAUUGUUCUGCUGCGGUAAAAUGCGGCCAUUGCAAUAGUGU